AUGGACGGCUACGCCGCGCCCCCCUACUUUGGCGGCUUCACCUCCCGGGCGGGGCGCUCGCUGGAGCUGGGCACCGAACGCGGGAGGGACUCCGUGGACCUCCACGUGCCGCGCGGCACGGCGAUGAAGGAGGCUGCUGUGGUCGUGGAAAGGCCGCACAGGCCGCUGGCCGGGCCAGACCACAGGGCACCAGCCGAGGAGCUGGAGUCGCCGCCCAUGGCGGCGGCGGUGGAGGAGCCGCACCCCCCGCUGACCCCCAUCCAGCUCCCGGGCGCAGAGAGGCACGCCGGGGGCCGCACUCCACGGGACCCCGGCGCCCGCCAGUCCUGGAGGGCCCACGACCCCUCCAGCCUCCUCACGCCCUACGAGCUGGGCCAGGAAGAGGAGGGCGCCGGCGAGGCGGGGGAGGAUGAGGGCAAGGUCCUCUGGGUGUCCUUCUUGGUGCCACGGUAUGUGUCAUUCUGUGAAGUGUACAUCACGGCCAUCAAAGGGGCAACCUCUCCAAAAGGGGCCUGGGGUUGGCUGCUGAAGGCCCUCAAGUAG